CAGAGAACAUCUUCAGUACCUAGUUAAUAUGCAGCUAUCUGUUCCAUGUAUUGCCGAGCUUCUUGGUGUCUCAACAAGGACAAUCAAAGUCGCCUCACUGAGUAUGGCAUUUCUCUAAAGGACACCAACAGUAAAAUCACAGAUGAAGGACAUGACAACCUAGUGAGGUCAAUCAAAGCUAAAAGUCCACACCUAGGCCAUAGAAUGAUGAAGGGACACUUACAAGCCUUGGGUCAUCGUGUGCCAUGGACAAGAGUUUGGGAUUCCAUGCAUCGAGUGGACUCUGCUGGAAUACUUGCAAGAAUUACACAAUUGAGAUGUGUAGUCAGAAGGACUUAUUCCGUCAAGGGCCCUCUUCAUGUUGUUCACGUAGAUACAAACCAUAAGCUGAUAAGAUAUGGCCUUGUGAUAUUCGGUGCCAUUGAUGGGUACUCCAGAAAGAUCAUGUACCUUGGAGCUGCAACAGAUAACAAGUCAUCCACUGCCCUCGGUUUUUUUCUUCAGUCAGUGGAGAGACGAGGUUUCUUUUCUAAAUUACCUGGUCAUAUUAAAUUUUUUGCAUUUAGAGUUCGAGGAGACCAAGGAGUUGAAAAUGUAGAGAUCGCCAGAUGUAUGUUUUCUGUGCGAGGUUGUGGCAGGGGAAGCUACAUUUCAGGGAAAAGCGUACAUAACCAGCGCAUUGAGCGCCUUUGGCGUGACAUAUGGAUGGCAGUUACAAACAUCUAUUACGAUGUUUUGCACAGCCUUGAAGAGGAAGGAUUACUAGAGCCAACCAACAGCCUUCACCUCUUUUGUUGUCAGUUUGUGUUCCCGCCUCGUCUCCAGGCCAGCCUUGACUCCUUUACUAUUGGGUGGAAUAACCAUCCUCUCCGCACAGAGAGUAAUCGAAGCCCAGAACAGUUGUGGGAAAUUAGACUACUGCAAAACCCUGUCACUCCUCCAGUCCCAUCUGAGCAGAUUGCACAAGACGACGACUCUGACUGGGACACAGACAUUAUCUCUGACCAGCCGUGGACAGGAAUUGUAGUUCCUCCAGUCGAAUGCCCCUUAACUGAAGAACUUAAGGCCCAAAUUCAAACUUUUUUUAACCCAACCUCACACUCUCAAAACUAUGGAAGAGACCAGUAUUUAGAAGUUUUAAAUUUUGUACUGCUUCAUUCUUAAUUGACACUAAAUCAAUCAUUGAAAUGACUAGUGAACAAAUGAUCCACUUACAAGCAAAUUAACAUCCAAUUCAAUAAAAAACACA